AUGUGCUCACCUAGUACUUCAAAUGUCCGUUUUAUCACGUUUGUGAAUACAAGUUACAUCGAAGCGGAGAACAUGGAAGCUAUAUUUAGUAUUUUGUUGAAAAUCGAAGUUGGAGUUCUUGUCUUUAGUUGGAUAGAAUUUCUGUAUUUGUUCUACUUAUUCGUCUUCAUCAGAGCAAUGCAUUUCAACCUCACAUUCUUGUUCAUGAAUUACGGUGGCCAAUAUUUUUGUUCAAUGCUUUCAAGAUGUAUUAUUGUCUAUCAGCAGCUAGGGAAUGAUCCGAAUAAUGACCUCCAUCACCUCAUCCUCAUUGCCAACUAUGUCAGAACAAUCGGUCUAUUCAUCGCUAUGUACAUCCUGCCCAUAUUUAUGAUCGAACGAUGUCUCGCUACAUUUUUAGUGAAAAACUACGAAAAAUCUCGCAAAAUCUGGGUGUCUCUCAUGAUACUCUCUAUAUUUCAUCCCCUUGUUUUUGCAUCUGCCAUUGCUUAUAUUCAAUGCUGGCUUCCAGUGGUCUUCCACGUCAUUUCAUUCUUUAUAGUCAAUAUUAUUGGGUAUAUUGGGAUUCAUAUUUGUUUCUCUUAUAAUAUCAAGAAGCAUGGAAAGUUCUACCGCACAACGUGUUUCACUAACGUCAGCUAUGGGUUGAGUGAGCGGUUCCAGCUAGCUGAGAAUAUCAAAAUGUGCAAGGUCUUAAAAAAAGUGCAAAUCUCCAUCAUGUUCUUCAAUAUCGGUUGUUGCUCUAUCCUUCUCAUGGAUCACUUCAAAGUGGAGAUGAUGAUUAUCUACUGGUCUUAUGUCUCCUUCAACUUCUUCUGUCUAGUCUAUGGGAUUACUGUACCUAUCAUACUGUACUCUGCGCUACCGGAGUGGCAGAAGGAGACAAGGAGAUUGAUAUUCAUGUGUAUACGGAAAGGUCAUGUGGAGGAGGAGCCGAAAUCUACAUUUGGAGAAACAAUGAUUUAUAAUGACCAUGCGAUUGAAUCCAAUAUUUAUUUUACACAGUUCAAUAAAGCGACGUUUUAA